AUGAGGUGGGUUAACGACGGAGAUAUUAAUAGCAAUUUCUUUCAUCACACCAUGAAGGAAAGGAGGAAUAGGAAUCAUAUUGGCUCCAUCAAUUCCAACGGUGGGUUAGUAACGUCGGUGAGGGAGGUAAAAGAGGCGGUUAAAGUGCACUUUGAGAACAAAUUUAAGGAAGAGUGCGUGGUUAGACCUUAUUUAGAUGGCGUCCAUAUAAAGUCUUUGAGUGGGGAGGAAUGUCUUGGUCUUGAGGUUCCUUUCUUGGAAUCAGAAAUUAGGGAAGUGGUGUGGAGCUGUGAUGGGGCGAAGAGUCCGGGUCCUGAUGGUUUAACUUUUCUCUUCUUUAGGAGAUGUUGGUCCUUCUUGAAAAGUGAUGUUUUGAAGUGCUUGAAUGAUUUCUAUUAUGGUGCUAUCUUAUCAAAAUCCAUUACUUCUUCUUUUCUUUUGCUUAUUCCGAAAUCUUCCAAUCCUUUGUGUCUUGAGGAUUAUCGACCUAUUUGUUUGAUCGAUUGUAUCCAUAAAAUUAUAUCAAUGAUUUUGGCCGGUAGAAUUAAGAAGAUCCUUUCGUCUAUUAUAUCCGAUUGUCAAAGUGCUUUUAUUCCGGGUAGGCAUAUGAUUGAUGGGGUUCUUGUGGCGAAUGAGUUAGUGGAUUAUUCUUUGAAGGAAGGAAAGGAUUGUCUUCUUUUUAAAGUGGAUUUUGAAAAAGCGUAUGAUAAGGUGAGUUGGAACUUUUUCAGAUACAUGAUGAGGAGGAUGGGGUUUGGGGAUAGAUGGAUGAAGUGGAUGGAGGCUUUGGUUUUUUCUAGUAAGAUUUCGGUUCUAGUUAAUGGGAGUCCUACUAGGGAAUUCGGUGUCGAAAGGGGUCUUCGUCAAGGAGAUCCUAUUUCUCCCUUUCUUUUUGUCAUUGUAGCGGAGGGCUUGAAAUGUCUAAUUAAUAAGGCGGUGGAUAAUGGUGAUUAUGUGGGGUGUCACUUGAACGGUAAAUGCUUUGUUGACGUUCUCCAAUUUGCGGAUGGUACCUUAUUGAUUGGAGAUGGGAGUUGGAAACAUCUAUGGGCCAUUAAAGCGGUUUUAAAAGGGUUUGAAUUGGGUGUGGAGGAGAAGAGGAAAAUUCAUUGGAUUAGUUGGAAAGAGGUUUGUUUGCCUUUAGAGAAAGGUGGCUUUGGCUUGAGGAGUCUUGAAGAAUUCAAUAUCGCGCUUCUUUUGAAAUGGAAUUGGAGGAUCUUGAAAGCCUCUAAUUCUUUGUGGUAUCGGGUUUUAAAAGCUAGAUAUGAGAAUAUUAAUUUGAAAGCUUUGGUAGGAGAGCCGAAACACAUUCCUCGGGCUAAUAGAUCAGUGUGGUGGUCGAAUAUCUUGUCUUUGAGAAAGUAUUUACCGAAAGGCUUCUUUGCUAAUAACAUUAAAUUUGAAGUGGGACGUGGGCAUUCGAUUCCUUUUUGGCAUGCCGCUUGGUUAGACGUGGGGAUUCUUAAACAAAUCUUUCCGGCUUUGUUUUACUCUUCUCUUUUGCAGGAUGUUGCUAUUUCCGGAAUGGGUGGUUGGGUGCUAGGCCAAUGGAGGUGGGGUGACCUAGGAGUGCAUUCCGGGGCUGGUUCGGAAGCGCGAGAGCUGCUGCCAUUUCUCCAACAGUUGCUGCCAGCGUCUCUUCCGUGUGAAACUGGGCCGGAUUCGGCUUCUUGGGUGCUGGAGAAGGAUGGUUUAUUUUCCGUCGCAUCUUGCUUCAAUGAGAUGUCUAAGUUAGCUCAACCGUUUGGUCCGGUAAACCGCUAUGAUUUCAUUUAUUCUUUAGUGUGGAAGGUGGAGGUUCCACUUAAAGUUAAAGCCUUUGGAUGGAGAUGUUUCAAGAAUAAGAUCCCGACAAAAAAUUUGCUUUUGAAUCGAGGUAUUUCUCUAUCUUCCUCGAAUAUUGGUUGUGUGUUUUGCGAAGAGACUACCGAAAGUUCUAAACAUUUGUUAUUGGAUUGUCGGAAGUCCGAAGCGGUUUGGAAUUAUAUGGCUAGUUGGAUUGGAAUGAAUUACGAAAAACCUUACGAUGUUAUGGAGAGCUAUUGGAAUUGGAGUAGUUUUUGUCACAAAAAGAAAGUUAGGAGAGGCAAAGAGGGAAGCAUUUGGUUGGCUAUUGUGUGGAGUAUUAGGCUUAAUAGGAAUGAUAUUAUCUUCAAAAAUUCCUCUUGCAAUGUUAUUGAUUUAGUUUGGUCUUGUAAAUUGCUUGUUUGGAGAUGGUCUUUUAUAGGGAAAAUUAAUCAUCCCAAUUGCAACUUCUAUGAGUUUUGCAAAUCCCCAUUGUAUUACUUAAGUUAG